CUUUCCUUUCAUUGUUGAAGAAGAUGGCGGAAUCCACAGCACCGUACGGCUCCUGGCAAAGCAAGAUAUCAAGCACUACUGUCGUUUCAGAGUCAAGAUCAAUAAUGGAAGUUAGGAUAGACCCUUUCCAAGAAGAUAAAGUCUUCUGGUCAGAGAUGCGGCCAGAGGAAGAGGGAAGAUAUGUCAUCUGUUGUUGGAGUGGGGGACUAGAAUCCAUUACCCCAGAUGGUUUCAGCAGUCGAACACUUGUCCAUGAAUACGGAGGGGGUGCUUUCUUUGUUCACAAGUACCGGAUCUAUUUUUCCAAUUAUGAAGAUCAAAGGAUGUACUGCCAGAAAAUAAAGAAAUCUGGGACUGAACCAGUUCCUAUCACUCCAAAGCAUAAAGCCUGGAGAUAUGCUGAUGGUGCCAUGUACAAAAAAAACAUCGUUGUUUGUGUACGUGAAGAUCAUGAGGUGCUUUCUGAAGGUGCAGAAGAAGCACAAAACACAGUUGUAUCUAUCAACCGGAAGAAAAAAGAGCAGGUUGUGUUGGUUUCAGGAGCAAAUUUUUAUUCAACUCCAAGAGUAUCCAAGAAUGGCACAAUGGCUUGGGUACAGUGGAAUCACCCAAAUAUGCCAUGGGAUGACACUGAGCUUUGGCUGGCAGAAAUAUCAUCGGAUGGAGAUUCACUAAAGGAAGACACCAAACGAAAGGUAGCAGGGGGAGUUGGUAUCAGCGUCAUGCUUCCCAAGUGGUCCCCAGAUGACAAGCUCCUUUACAUCCAUGACAAAACGAACUGGUGGAAUCUUUAUCAGUUAGAUGAUGAUGACAAGGAGACCAGUUUGUGUCCAAGGAAGGAAGAGAUUGGUCAGCCAGCGUGGGAGUUUGGAGGGAGUCCGUAUUCCUGCAAUCCCACUGGCAAUGGUGAUAUUCUCAUGAUUCAUGGCUCGGAGCUGGCAUGCCUCAAACCCUCUGGUGAAAAGCAGGAUAUUAAAAUUAAAGAGGAUGAUUACAAAGCUUUUGCCAAGCUGGAAUACUCUCCAGAUGGAAAGUACGCAUACAUGGUGGCAGGUGGACCACAGACGUUUGCAAAGCUUAUAAAAUUGGACCUGAAGUCUGGAAAAUCAUCAGUUAUCCGUGAAUCUCACGGUGCUCUGGAUAUUGAUGGGUACAUUAGUGUUCCUCAAGAAGUGAGCUGGGAUACACGUGAUGGUGCAAAGGCCUAUGGAUAUUACUACCCCCCUCAGAACAAGGAUUAUCAAGGGCCAGAUGAUGAGACACCUCCACUGCUUGUCAAGGUUCAUGGGGGACCCACCAGUGCUUGUUCACCAGUGCUUGAUCUCAACAAACAAUUUGUUACAUCCCGAGGCUUUGCAGUGUUGGAUGUCAACUACCGUGGCAGUACAGGAUUUGGCAGAAAAUUCAGGGAUGCUCUUAAGACAAACUGGGGACUGAUAGAUGUUCAAGACUGCUGUGAUGGUGCACUGUAUCUGGCUAAAGAAGGCAAAGUUGAUGGCAAAAGGCUUACAAUUGAUGGUGGCUCAGCAGGGGGCUUUGUUGCAUUAUCUGCCUUAACAUUUCAUAAAGAUUUCAGUGCAGGAACAAGCAAUUAUGGAGUAUCUGACAUCUCAGCCCUUGCAGAAAAUACGCACAAGUUUGAAAGUCACUACACUGAAACACUUGUUGGCCCAUAUCCUGAAGAUAAGGCAACAUAUGAGGAGAGGUCACCAGUAUAUCAUGCUAGUGAGUGCAAGGCUGCUCUGGCAAUGUUUCAAGGCUCUGAAGACAAGAUCGUCCCACCUGAACAGUCAGAAAAGAUGUAUGAUGCAGUCAAGCAUAAUGGAGUCCCUGUGGCAUACAAAGUUUUUGAAGGUGAACAACAUGGUUUUCGCAAAGCAGAAAACAUUAAAUUCUCUAUUGAUGGAGAAUUCUACUUCUACUCCAAAGUUUUCAAGUUUGAUGCACCUGGCAUUCAAGUGGAUCUCGAGAUUGAAAACUUACCUGAAGAAGAAAGUUAAGAUUGUGAUGUGAAGGUGUGCUCAGAAAGAAGGAUUUAUCUGGAUAACACUGAUUUUGAUGAUAUGAGGGGUAGAAUAAAAGGUUUAGAUGCCAAUCUGAAAGCAGCAGUGGUAUUUUUGGGUUUUCUUUUCUGCAUUUGUUUGUAACUUUUUCAAAUGCAAGAUUUGUUAGAGGUCAAACUUUUGAAUUCUAUUUGGAACUUUCUUAUUAAAUUCUAGCUUUUCUACUAUUGAUAAUGUAGAUGACUUUAUUAGUCCAAAAAGUGUGUUACGUAAAACGCAUUUAACAGUUGCAUUAUGUGCUAUUAACAACAUAAGUUUUCAAAAACUAUUGACAUGUUUUGUACAGUUACUGAAGGUUGCAAUAAAAUUUAAAAAUAAA